GUCAUUUGUCAACACUCGAUUGUCAAAUCUUGUUGACAUACAACAAUAACAACAGUGGGUGUUUCAAGUAUUUCGUCUUUUCAUUUCCUCAAAAUGACUACAGAAAGGACAGAAAAAAUUGUAAAUAGUGAGACAAAAACAUUCAAGUUCUCAUUCCCGACUUGCACGAAUGAGGAGAUACUAUUCAAACUGGAAGUGCCGAUCGAGAUACCAUACGAUGGCUCGCCUCGCGAGCUGGUGCAGCGCGUUAUAAAUAUGUUCCACAUACCCGUGUAUCUGGAAGAUGAGUUGAAUGAGAAACUGGCUCAGUUCAUCAGCGAGGAGACGCGCGAUUUCCACAACAGCCGGGACGAGAAGCUCCUCAACCAACUGAAGAACAGCGAGCUGAACGUGGACGGUAUUGUGAAGCAGUGGGAGAAACUCUUCAAAGAGAAUGUAGUGGAGUUUGCUGAACAAAAGGGAACUUCUGAUGAGGAGGUGUUUGCUGCAGCAUACCACAAGUUAGUACACUCCCCUGCACUGGACACCAUCCUGCAGGUGGAGAACUCCUACGCCAAAACUGUCUCUGAUAUGAUGAAUAGCCGCGAUGAAGACAUCAACAAACUCACAGAAAGACAAACAGAGGAGAUGGAAGAGAAGAUGCGCCUGCUGAACGUGAGCACGACGGAGGAGGAAAUCAACGAGACGGCGGUGCAGCAUUUCGAGGCGCAGAGCGUGGCUGCGGCGCGCUGGGAGUCCCAGCUGGACAAUUAUAUUGCAUAA